ACUCGCAGCAACCAGCCUACUACUAAACUCUCAGUUGGAUCCCAGAUACUCGAAAGUGAAUGAACACCAGAGAGAGGACUGGCAUAAUGUCGCAUCAGCCUUCAUCUUGCACCCAACACUAAGUGAUUCGCAAUUCCAUCAUGGAUAUAUGCUGCAUCGCGCAACCUAAGAACAUUGCCCUGUGCAUACACCCUUCUUCACGAAACCUUUAAGACGAGGAGAGUCCAGUGCCCGACAUGGGACAUGAUCAUGAUGACGCAUCUGACACGACUACGAAGUCUACACUAUCCAGCCUCGAGGAUGAGCCGUUGAGUAAUGAAGUUUCGGCUCAAGCGGAAUAUCAAGGGGGAGGGGCCUCAAUCGCGAAUAUGGUUACAUCUUGUGAAGAGGAUGACCACGGUGGUCAGGAAGUCAGCAACGUGUCAGAUAACCUGAUUCUUGGAAGUCAAGCUGCGCCUGAAGCUGUUAGUGCUAGAGAAAAUGGGACCGCUUCGAGCCCCGACGCCCCCGCGUUGCAGAGCAGCACGAUUUUCCCAUUAAGAGAGAUGAGCACCAAUUCUGGCGACACACCCACGUCGCAAAAUUCGGGCUUGCCCAAAUGUGACUGUCUAAUCAACAACCCCCCCAACAUUUCCAGGAUUCGACGAGUAAUGUUCGAAUGCAAGGACCCUAUAGAGAUAAGUCUUGAGGAGUUUGAGACUUACUGGCCGUUCAUUGAUAACGUGUGGGUAAAACAAAGGUCUAAUUCCAGCAAAGAGGGACACUGUACUACGGACUAUUAUAUGUGUCGAUUGCGACGUCCAACUCAUCGCACAUCAGAGACACGGCCUCUGCCCGAAGGAAAACGGCCCCGAAAGAAAAGGGUGCGAGAGGGUGGCAUUUGCAAUUUCCAGAUCAAAGUAGUGAAGUUUGAAGGGGCCUAUUCAACUGUGACCAUCGCGAGGACUCCGGGAAGUAGCCGUGUGCACUCGCAUGACCUCGAUUAUAUCGACAAGGUGAAGCGAAAUUCGGGGCUCAUGGAGUUCGCACGAAGGGAAGCAGUGAAGGGAUAUUUACCAUCUUCCAUCUAUACCAAGUUCAAAGAAGCACCUGCGAAGCUUGAGGAGGCAGGUGGCAAAUUCCUCACGGUGACAGAUGUGCGCAAUGUUUCAGCAAAGUGGAGAAUCCAGAACCCCGAGGUGAAACUUGUACCGCAUGAUGGCUAUGAAUACCAAAAAGGCCAUGGAAUCGUGAGAAAAGGGGGAAGUGAAAGCAACGGCGGCAGUCCGGUUCUAUCGAGUACGACCCCAAAGUCGUCGUUACCACCAGACACUCUUUCAUUUCCUCAGUUCUCCUUGGAGUUCCUCGGACCCUAUCUCCCAAAGCACGAUGAGCGGCGCCCAUUUCCUCAUGUCACCCUAUCUUACGCAUCUUCCAUGGACUCUAAAAUCUCACUUCUUCCAGGCAUGCAGACAGUGCUAUCGGGACCCGAAGCUAAGCUUAUGACGCACUAUCUGCGAUCUCGUCACGAUGCUAUCUUGAUUGGAGUUGGGACGGUCCUUGCUGACAACCCGGGCUUGAACUGUAGACUGGAAGGGGCAGGAGGCUACGGCGGCCUGGGGAGAAUGUGGCAACCGCGACCCGUGGUGAUUGAUCCCACCGGUAGAUGGCCCAUUCAUCCCGAGUGCCGCAUGCUGAGGACUGCAGUGAAUGGUAAAGGCAAAGCGCCAUGGGUUGUGGUAUCGCCGGGAGCCCGCAUUCACCCCCAAAAACUGGUGAUGCUCAAAGGCUAUGGGGGUGACUUUCUUCGAAUUAUGGAAUACAAUCAGGAUUGGCGCCUUCGCUGGGAAGCCAUUCUGCGCGCUUUGGCAUCCGAGGGUAUCAAGAGCGUCAUGAUUGAAGGCGGAGGAACUGUCUUGAGUGAGCUGUUAAAUCCCGAGUAUGCCGAUUUUAUUGAUUCCAUAGUUGUGACUGUCGCUCCCACUUAUCUUGGCUCUAGUGGAGUGAGCGUGAGUCCAGACUCUAAGCGCGACGGAGAAGGAAAGCCGAACGCGGCAUUAAAUCCCAAGGAUGUGAGAUGGACACCAUUGGGUCAAAACGUUAUUAUGUGCGGCAGAAUCCGCACAGAGAAUCCCCUCACUUCUCGCAUUCAGGGAUAAGAAGGCUCUUUUACUCCCUGCUUAUUCUCUCUUUAUUUCCCUCUAUGCCCCUUUCAUCUGCCACUCCCUGGUCCGUCCUUGUUGACACAGUACUACAUCCCUUUGCACGGUACAUAUAAAGUCAAUGUUAAUGUUCAUGAAUAGAACAG